UCAUGAACAGUCCGCUGCUCGGUGCGCAUCGCGACAAACAGGGUGAAAACUGUUGGAAAACAGGGACUAUCGCGAUCGCCGGCGGCGCGACGUCGCCACCCCCGGAGCGAUAAUUCGCGACUCCGCGUUGGGAGUCCCGCGGCGAGUACGUACCGGUAACGUGUGGCGAGUUCAGUGCGCGGGGAAGUGCUCGGGAUCUCAAUUUUCCUCGAUGUCGGUUCUCCAAUUCGCCAGUUUCAUGACCACGUAGUCCAGCGCGAAAAAUCAUCGCUGACCGCGAUCGCGCGGAGCGAUCCUCCGCGGGGAGGAGGACGAUCAGUAGUGUCAGCCAGGACGAUCGGUGUUGAGUCGGCUGAUCAUCAUGUGCAGCAAUGAGAGUCCGCCGCCGGCGAAGGAGCCGCUGGCCGUUGGCUUGGGUAAUCCGAUGGCCAACUUCCUGCCGGGUCUCGAGCACUACCGGCUCCACCUGUAUCACUACGCGAUGGCGGAACGGUUGCGGCUGGCGCAGCAGAUACAGCAUCCCGGCGUGGCUCAUCCGCCCUCGGGGGCGCCGACGGCUCACCUAGGUAUGAGCCCGGGUUUCCCGGCGCCGCUGCCGUUGUACCCAGCGGCCGCCGCGGCGGCCGGUUAUCCUGGCCGAUUGGCAUUGUCCAUGGCGCUGUUGCAUCCGCACCACCAACGGAUACCCGAGGAACCUAAACCCCAACACAGCUACAUCGGUUUGAUCGCCAUGGCAAUCCUGUCGUCGCCAGAAAAGAAGCUCGUGCUGUCCGACAUCUAUCAGCACAUCCUCGAGCAUUAUCCCUACUUCCGUACCCGUGGACCCGGUUGGCGGAAUUCUAUCCGACAUAAUCUUUCCCUAAACGACUGCUUCGUCAAAUCUGGCAGAAGCGCCAACGGCAAGGGUCACUAUUGGGCGAUUCAUCCGGCGAAUCUGGAGGAUUUCCGACGCGGCGACUUCCGCCGGCGUAAGGCCCAGCGCAAGGUGCGACGACACAUGGGCCUUGCGGUGGACGAGGAGCCAGACAGUCCCAGUCCACCGCCCUUACCUGCCUCUCCGCCACCUCCGACGGCUCUUGGUCCCUCCGUGGCCUCGCAACCGAUAUCCUUAUGGACGCCGCACCACCACCAUCAGCAACAGCAGCAGCAGCAGCAGCACCAGCAGCACCAGCAACAACAACAAAAUCCCUUCCAGAGCCAGUCCCUUCGACAAUCGUCCUUCCAGCCGUCGAGAAAGCGACAGUUCGACGUGGCAUCUCUCCUGGCGCCGGACGAUCAGCAACAUCAGAUCGAAGCGGACGUUCUCGGGCCGGUCAAAUCGCGCAGGUUCAGUUGCAGCGAAGACGAGCUGCACGAUUUGCCGGAGGGCGAUCAAGACGACGAGGACGUCGACGUCGACGUGGUCGCCGAUGCUAACGCCUUACCGUCGCCGAGCACGCCGCCGUCGGCCAGUCCGGAUAUGCCCAAGGUCGUGUCUCCGGCUGCACAUUGGAACCAUCAGAGUGUGCAAAGCGGUGGUCAUCAGCAACAGCAACAGCAGCAGCAGCAGCAGCUAUCGGCUGUACAUCUUCACAAUCAUCUGCACGUCAGAAACUAUUAUAUUCCGGCCAACUCCGCCGGCGGGUCCAGCGUCUAAUGGAGGGCUCAGAAGAAACCAGUCAGUUCGCGCGACAGGUAGCUGCUCGUGUCCGUCGAGUGUCCACGAUCUUUCUUCCUUUUUUACUGCGUGAUUCGAAUCUUGGAUGUCCUACAAUAACACAUUAAUAAUCUCACAUUACGUUGCUUUCUCAAAACAAGAUUAUUCGACAGAUAUGAUUUUCCCCCAAUAAAAAUUUGGAGACAGAUGAAGUAGAUCUCUGAAGAACGUCAGAUAAGUUUCGGAAAUAAAUGACACAAUCAUAUUCUUAAAUUAACUUGAACCAAGCUUUAACAGAAUUGAAACUUAGUUUCAAAAAUAUGCAAUAUUUGGAAAGUGAAAGAGAUCAUCGUAAAUGUGAUUGUCCCGUUCGAUUAGCAAGUAACUAAAUAAAUUAUUACACGAUAGAUUUCUUCGUUUUCAAAUUGGCAUUGCAAAAUGAGCGAUUAAAGCGAGAUACGAGAAGAUCUGAGAAUGAUAAAGAUUUAAGCAAUAAGACUAAAUUGUAGGCAAAAACGAGAAUCUAGAUAGGAGAACUGUGUGUUACAGUUUUUAUUAUUUUUAUAUUAUACAUAUUGUUAUAUAUA